GAGGAUUGAGGAUGGAAGAACAUUAGCAAGUAGCAUCCCGCAGUCUCCGCUGUUCUUUUCCAACCUCAUUUCUUCCUUGUGGCUUCUCAAAAGAAGAUGCCUCAACAACAUCCGCUCGUUCAGGUUGACCAAGCAGACUAUGGUCACAGCUACCGAUCUCCUGCAAGCCAAGGUCAGACGAACCAAAGCGGAAGGCAUCAAGACCCAUCUAGUAUUUUGAGCGUGUAUCCUUUCAUGACCUAUGCGCCUACCGCUCGGGUGGCUCAGCACCUUUCUCCUCAUCAUGCUUUCCCUCAAAGCGCUCCUCCGUCAAGGGAAAUAUAUCCUCAGUAUGCCCAAGCAUUUGACAGGGUGGAACAGCCUCAGACAGCGGAAGACUGGGCUAUGAAGCAAUCAACAGACAUGCAGAUACAGCAACUGCUAGAAAGACAACGAGGAGUGUAUGACUAUGCCCAAGGGCCUCCUCCCGCCCCUCAGCAUCCUCGAUACUACUCAGGGCCGCCUACACCAGUCUCAGAUCAUCAAUCACAACCUCAUAUAGCUCCUGCUAGCUACUCGAAUACUCCAUCGAUGUCGUAUAAUUUCCUUCCAGCCUAUAUGCCCCCGUCAACCCCUACCACAUCGACCCACAAUGGCUGCUGCGUCGGGAACUCGACAUCUACCUCCCCUGUUACGCCCGGCCUCAUGGCCAAUAGUAUGACUGUUCAUAAUGAUAAACAGUUUUUUGAGCGCUUCGUGGAUAACACGUUGUCAAGAAGCAUGGAACAGCAGCUUGCGCAGCCUGUAGCGCAUCCUCAAGCCUAUGCUCAGCCUCAACCGCGAUAUCAUUCCCCGUCAUCUAUGGUCCCUCAAUUUCAUCCUCAACCUGUCCCACACCCACAUCCUCAUCCACACCCACAGCCACACUCACGCUCCCAAAUCCAUUCCCUACUCCAGACACAAGCACAGCCUUUCCCUCAACAGCAAUAUUCUUUCUCUUCCCAACCGAGUGUACAACAACAACAGCAAUUCAACGAAUCUGUUACUCUCCCACUAGUUCGUGGUAUGUCUCCCGCAAAACGUCCCUCUAUUCCUUCUACGGCUAUGCGUUCUCCUCACCCGACUUCAUCCAUAGCUUCCACGCCAACAGCUGAUCGCAUCAUGUCCUCUCCUGCCCUCUCAUCUUCACCCGACCCACUGGGCCUUCCAGGACCAUCCCCGUCAAAAAAACCACGAGGGAAGAAGGAGAUAUCUCCUAUAUGGGCCCAGUCUAACAAUCAUCCUGCCGACGGUGUAAUAGGUAUGAGGUCGUUGAGUAUGGCAGAGAGGAGUAUGAGCGUUAGCUCAGGCCUUAGCUCUGGUGAGGAAAAAAAAGAUAAAAUUACGUUAAAGAUUCCGAUGCAUCUCGCGACUCCUCAGCAGCCCCGAAAGUCCGACCGGGAGGAGGAAGAAGAGGAAGAAGAUAAGCUGGAUUGGGGCGAUGAACUUGGGAAAGACGAACAGGGUGAUUGGACAAUGGAGAGAUGCUCGAGUCCCAGCGGCAAUAGAGGUGUCGAUAUGCAAGUGCAGAUGAGUGGAAGGACCGGAGAAAGAGAUAUGCGUACUGCUUGGCAGAAGCUUCAUACGUUACUUGAAGAUAUAUCAGAGGAGUCAGACUCUUUUCCAGCCAAUCCCACUUUUCGGGACCUUGAAUUGGCGAAUGCCAAAUACUUUGCCCAUAUCUCGAAGGAAGGGACACACGCCCUUCUCUCCACCGAGACUAUGGCAAAAAUUAUACGAUAUAUCAUACGUGUCCAGUCGACAAAGAAGCGACAGAAGAGCGGAUCUGAGACUGAUGGCGAAGCGCGAGGAUGGGAUUUAACAGCUGUCAAUGGGCUUUUGAGACAUUUGGAGAAAUGCAUACGGGAUGCGGAAGGAACAUCUGCUUUUCCUGAUGACCGAAAGGCGAUCAAUGUAGAUGAAAAAUUCAAGAAAAAGAAGGGAAAGUCCAAGACUGGAAGUGUUUCACCCCUGAAACCUGUGAAUGCGUUCAAAAAUGAGGGACAGGACCUUGAAGAAGAGAUACCCCAUACCCGCAUGGCGCAGUGCGAAGAAACUCUGUUGAGAUUACGCAGAGGCGUUGCCGCUGCAGAAUGUUGCUUUGUUCUGCUGGACUCUGAAGGGUUGUCUAAACAGGUGUACUCUGAGGAUCUGUUAUCAACAUGUGUGCAGAUGAUCAAAGAACAACUUGCGCAAGUCGUUGUCCCCGUUCUGCAAGGCAUGGCUGGCGAAAAGAUCGCUUCAUCGACGCUAGCUCAUGUGGUCCAAGAAGAAUUGGCAAAUUCCAAGAAGGGGAAGCUGUCGAUGCCUUUAUCAUCUUAUUUUCACAACGUCACGAUUUCAGCCAUCGCCCAGUCCAUCUGCUCCACCUUACCCCGCUUGACUUCCAUGAUUAGCAGAGAGAACUUUGCUUUCUCGGAAUCUCUCAUCAUCCAAAUUGUCUAUCUCGCAAAAGAACCACUGUUUAUCGUGGAUCCAGGAGCGAAGAAGAAGCAUGAAAGAGAAGGAAUGGCAAUCGUGAAAACUUUGAGGAUGGAGGCCUUGAGCCUGCUAAGAGGAGCGUUCGCGAGAUAUGAUGCGCAACGGCAAUGGAUCAUUGAAGAAGUCCUGAGUUCACUUGUUGGAAUACCAGGACAAAGCCACGACCAAACGCAUUUCCAACUGGCAAAUGGCAAAUCCAUUCAUGCUCUCAGUGCCCUCUUGCUCCAGCUCGUUCAAGCUUCAGCAUAUGGUGCUAUGACCAAAAUACGCAAGAUACACUCUUCAGCUGCGGAUAUGGAAGUUUUGGACAGGCCCGCUGAGGAAAAAAAGGACGUGGAAGAGGAAGAGGCUCGAAUCUGUGCAGAAACCGUAGAGUCUGCUGUUCGCUCCGCCACGAUGAUAGCUAGCUACGUCUUAUCAAAAGCAACGACCACUAAAGCUACCAAAACCUCUCAUGAUGCCGACUACAAGACGAUUCUUGGUCUCUUCAUGAACGAUCUUCUCACUGUCCUAUAUCGUCCCGAGUGGCCAGCGGCUUCCCUAUAUUUGAGCGUCUUUUCUAGGAUCAUGGUUAGUUCUUUAGACGAUUCAAAGACCGGGACAGAAGCUACUGCCUCCAAGACUGUUGCGUUGGACUAUUUGGCAGAUAUCGCUGCGAAGCUGAAAUCGCUAGGUAUGGAGAUGACAGGUGUGACUAGAGUGGCUGCUCUCGAUGAGGUGAUUUCUGAAGCCAGCAUUGAUGACCUGAAGAAACUCAUCGAAGCCCAAGCUUCCAUUCGUACAUUCCUCAACUCUGCAGCACAUGAUGACAAUUCCUUCACUUGUUCCCUGGAUAUGGCUUCUGUCAUCUGGGCUCAGGAGCUCCAAAAUGGUAUCAAAAAGGCUGGAUCAAUCGUCGAGAAGCUCGCGGCAGAGAAAGAUGAUGAAGCGCAAGAGAUGGGCCAGAAACUACUGUCUAUUGGUAUGAUGCUUAAAACAACUCUCCGGAAUGUUUGGAUGACGGAUGAUAAGCUUUUCGAAGUCAACGAUCCCAAGCAAGCAGAACAAGCAGUCCAAGCUUCUAUCUCUGUAUCUCGAGGUAGAUCAUUACAGAGCGCUAUUGACCCCAUCAUCCACGCAUUACUUACAGCACUGGGCAACCCAAUCAUUGCUAUCCGUACCAAGGCUCUGAGAGGUGUCGGAAGUAUCGUUAUGGUGGAUCCAGAUGUACUUCGGCUGCGCCAGUUUCGCCUUGCUCUGGAGGAAAGACUGUCCGACGUGUCACCAGGUGUGAGAGAUGCAGCCGUGGAGCUUGUUGGCAAGUAUCUUGUUCAGAAACCCGAGCUUGCUACGCAGUAUUACCCACAGAUUGCUCUACGCGUUAUGGAUACUGGUUUAAGCGUACGAAAGAGAGUUAUCAAGAUCCUGAAAGGCAUUUUUGCUACGAUGGAAGAAAAAAAGAUGCAAAUCGACAUCUGCUGCAAGAUGAUUGCUUUAACGGAUGACCGUGAUCCAGGAAUUAAGGAUCUCUCAACCAAGACACUGACUGAGAUAAUUUUUUCAGAUGAAGGAGGUGAUUCAGCGACGCUCUUAGUUGACAUCCUAAGCGAUUAUAGAGGAUCGUACGCCGUUCUCGAGAAGGCCAUGGACGAGGUACUCAAGGAGUGCGAAAAUGUCGGCCAGAAAUACCGUUUCGGCAAGAUAAUUGACGACCUUGUUGCCCGAUUGAUUGACGCCACGGAGCAAAUCGAAUUUGACUCUCUAAGCCACAUUAAAGCAAUUUGGCUCAUAGCUGGCAGCGACCCCUCACAGGUUGACACCCAAAAAGCCAGCGUUCUGUUGACCUAUCUCAGACCGCCUGCCAACGCCGAUGAUCAAGCGACGAAUGAGCUUCUUCUCCGCAUUUUCCAAAGGUGUAUCCCUCGAAUGCCUCGUACAGCUUCGACUUUUGCCCUGGAUCUCACCAAGUCCCUUAUGCCAAUGAUUAGCAAGCCAUCGGGCGGUUUUCAGGCUUUGCGAGAAACCAUUGGUUGUUUCUGUGCCGUGACAAAUUAUCUGACCAAGGAUUGGAUGAAAGUGAUCACGGUACUCAGAGCAUGCGAGGCUAAGAUCAGGCCAGUCUGGCGACAGAUCAAAGAUUUUUCAAAUGAAAAGGUACCGGCGCUGAAUCAAGCAUCUGCAAUGAUGCUGUAUAUCACGGCCCUUAUUGCUGAAGGUUGCAACUUGGACAUAGUUGCUAAGGACGACCUUGCUGUCGAUAGAGAAUUGCGCAAGAUCACUCCCCAGCCUAUUUCAGAGUACUUCUCCCAGAUCUAUCUCGACUUUGCUCGCAUGUACUCCGCUCAAUCUGCCCCCACCAUUUGUCUAGGCGCCCUUUUUCGUUCUUACCCUUCUCUCCUUCAACGGCCAGAGAUUGUCCAAUGGAUGCAGGACACGUUCGCUUCAGGCGAUAUGGAUGCCCGCGCGAGACUUUUGAGUGUUAUUCAUGAGUUUUUAGCGUCGGAAGUCAGGAAGAGGGUCGAAGGUGUGGAUACAAAAAAGGAUGUGAGCUUGCUUAUCGGAAAUGCCAAGGAGUUGCAAGAUUCAGACUAUUCUACGACUAUCGUGCAAAACAACAUCGAGCAUAUAUUUGAAUGUGCCAGAUCUCAACAUAUCCCUGCACAGAAUGCUGCUCUAGAUGUGCUCACAUUUGUCGUCAAUCAAGGGCUCUACUCGCCUGUUCACACUGUCCCUAUCCUUGUCACGUUGGAGACCGCCGAAGAUCCAGUUGUAUCUGAACGAGCUCUCGCUCUGCAUAACACACUUCACGCCAAACAUGCGAGCCUUAUCCAUGUCUUGUUCAUGGAUUCGGCCAAAGCGUCUUACCAAUAUCAGCGUAAUAUCUCUGCAGAGCCCUCUGGACAUCGUAAUGGUGUCGCUUUGCUAUCAAAGUGGUAUGUCAUGUUGCACGAGAAGAGGAGCUGGAGGCACGAUUUUUUGAAGGCUCUAUGUAGGGCGUUCGAUGGGGAUUUGGAGGAUCACAUGGACAUCGGCCUGGUUUUGUAUCUUGCCGAAAACCUGGCAACUUUGGAUUAUAAGCUACAAGAAGAACCCAUGACUGUCGUUCAAGCCCUUAACAGAGUUGUGUCCACUUGUUCUCACCUCGCCGCACUCAUGGAAGAAGCAGCCUUGGAGGGUGAGUCGACUGAGUCACUUGAGGGAAAGAAGGUGCCCUUGGGAAAAUUAAGCGGGGAAAGUAUCGACGCGAGCAGACUGGCGGAAGCGAGCAUCGUGGUCGGGUUGGCAUUGCUGGUGAAAAAUCAUCUAGUUGCAUUAUACCAUUUACCUGAAGACAAAUGCGCGAGUCAUAUACCAGGCAAAAAGUCUACGAUCGGAGACAAGCCAGCUCAGAGAAGAGGGAUGCAAGUGCUGGAACUGAGUAGGAUGCCGUUGGCCAGGGGUGUCGUCAGUAUAGGAGACUUCAAAGAGCAACAGGUCGCGUUUUCACGGCUAUUGCAAGAGGAUGGAACCUUGUCUGAAAAGGAAGAAUUGUAGGAAAAAAAGAUUAUUCACAUGUUGCUAUCUGCAUUGUUCUGUCAAUGGGUUCCUGGGUUGGGUUAUGUACAUUGUACGCAUAUAAUAUUCGCUGGGAAGAUAUAAUAGUAGUAUACAUUCCUGUCGGGACUGAGUAUUACCUGCUUAGUACGUAGGUGUAUAUAGCUAGAUUAUUAUGCGUAAUCAGCACCUCCGCAAACCGUCUCCCAUUUAAUUAUGCUGCUGAUGGAGGAAAGUCAUCAUACGCCACGACGCCUUACUGCUUCUUGUUGACAAAUUGUUGUUGGAUUUCUUUCACCGUUUCUUCCCAAAGCGCCCCCCCUUUCCAGUAAUCAGUUCUUGAGGUUUGACGAUUCUCUCGAAGACGAAAGUGGCUUUUGGGUUAUGCUCAUCACUCUGCCUACCAGUUCACGCUCGAGGAGAUGAGCAGGAGUGAUAUGUGGGCUACUGCUGAUCAUCCAUCAUUAGUGUUCAUGUAUGGUCCACUUUUUCAGCACCGGAGAAUUUAGAGUUUAGUUUUGCAUAGGUGUAUGCAUUUAUCUUUCUG